GUGCUGAAUGGCUUAGGUCACACGCUACUGAUGCGUUGUUUGGUUCGCGGUAUCUCUAUACAAAUGCAUAAUAUAACCUAUUCUCGCUUUGCAUAAAUCUGUUAGAGUGUAGCCUUGUAAUUGAUGCAGAUGCAGUGCAGAAUGCCGGCCGCGCGGGGCGUAAAACGCACGGCGUCGAAAACCACCUCUGCCACGUCAUCCAACGCCCCGAAGAAUAAGAAGAAACGCGCAGCGUUCCAACUUGAAAUACCUAGUGCACCCAAGAAGAGGGGUUCCGUGUUUACAUGCGGCCAGGGAGAUGUAGGGCAACUUGGGCUUGGGGAAGAUGUUAUUGAAACAACUAAAUUCAAGUAUGUGUCGGGUCUCGGAGACAAGAUCGUGGACGUGUGUGCUGGUGGCAUGCACACUAUUGCUCUGGACUCCGAUGGAAAGGUGUGGACCUUUGGCUGCAACGACGAAGGUGCGCUCGGGCGUCCUACGUCCGGCGAAACUGAAGAAGGCACCGCAGGCGCUGUGAAGCUGCCCGCUAAGGCUGUAGCCAUCUCGGCCGGAGACUCCCAUUCCGCAGCAUUGCUGGAGGAUGGGCAAGUGUACGCCUGGGGAGCCUUCAGGGAUUCCCACGGGAGCAUGGGUCUUGUGAUGCGCGGUCGCGAAGGCAAGGCGUGUCGGGAACCCAUCCGGAUUGACAUUGGUGAACCUGCUGCCGAUGUGGCUUCCGGUGGCGACCAUCUUGUUAUACUGUCGACGACGGGCGGCGUGUACACGAUGGGGUGCGGCGAGCAGGGCCAGCUCGGCCGCCUCGCGCAGCGCUCCGCCUCGCGCGACUCGCGCCAGGGCUUCAGUGCCCUCCUCGUGCCAGCGAAGGUGACCCUAAAGUGGGCAGCGUCCCAUAUCUGGGCGGGUUAUCAUGCUACUUUUGCACUGACACCGCAGCCGACAAUGUUCGCGUGGGGUCUCAAUAACUACGGACAACUCGGUAUAACAGGAGAAAAACGCAAGACAGCACUCUACGCGCCAACAGAAUGCGACGCAUUCACCCAAGGCAGCAGCUGGCAGAGGGUCGCCUGCGGACAACACCAUUCAUUGGCUCUGGAUUCUAAGGGACAAGUCUUUGCCGUCGGUCGGUGCGAAUAUGGACGGUUAGGUCUGGGCGACAGAGAAGGAGACGCGGAGAAUUUGGAGCCGGUGCCGGCGCUCGUCGGCAAAAAGUGCGUCAGCAUCGCCGCCGGCACUUGCAAUAGCUUCGCCGUCACUGAUACAGGUGAAGUGCUCGGCUGGGGCAUGGGCAGCGAGGGCCAGCUGGGCACGGGCGCCGCGGCCGACGCCGCCGCGCCCGCCGCCGCCGUCGCCGCCUUCCAGGCCCGCCGCCCCGGCAAGGUCGCCGCCGGCGCGCAGCACACGGCGCUGCUCGCGCUAGACACAUCACCCGUGAAAGAAAAGUCCCCGACCCCAGAAAUGGAAACGGAAGAGCAGCCAGUAGAAGAAGCGCCAAAAGAGAAGGAGAAGCCGAAGGGCAGACAGAACAAGAAGCAGAAGAGAGGAGAGCAAGAGGAUGAGGUGUCUUCCACGUCCAGCGCGCAGCCUGAGGUGCCCGAGGAGACUAAACCGCAGAAAGUGAAUGGUGAUGAGAAGAAGGAAACUCCAAUGGAAGUAGAGGAAUCUGACAACUCACAAGACAAAAAAGAGGACACGAAACCGGAAUCAGAAGCCGCUGAACCACCAAAAACGGAAGAACCCACAGAGAAAGCCCCCGAACCAGCACCAGAACCCACACCAGAAAAACCCACAGAAACCACACCACUCUCCCAGCCCAGUGAAGACAAAACAGAGACAGAAAAACAACAAGAGAAAUCAGAAGACGUCGAAAUGAAGGAUGAGAAAGUCAAUGGGGCACCCGAGGAGGAAAAAACUGAAGUGGAAGCCAAGAAAGUGGAGGAAGCGAUACCAAACGACACAGUUGUGGCCACCACGGCGUGAUCCUAGAGUGUAGUGCGCGUUUGUGACGAGAUUCCACUUGCGUAGACUGUGAAAAGCUGUUCUGGUGUCAUUCAUGGUGCCCUGUUGAAGGAACUACACACUGAAGGUCUCCAGACAUAGCGACGCUGAAUCUGCUUUCGACGAUAAAAAAUUGCUUGUUAAUAUGAACUACUGCUGCAUUCAGCGACGACCACGCAUAAGCGUCUUCAUACUAGCGAGCGACUUCUGGUCGGGUAUAACCGAAUCGGCGUCGGUAUGUUUGGGGAUAUCAUAAGCGUUUUAUGAGCGUCUAGAAAACUACAGAUGCUAGACAUAACAUCAAUUUUUAUAGCGCUGACUCAACGCUGAAAGUAAACGCUAGUGUGGGUUGUCCUAGGCGUCAUCCAUAUAUUACGUCACAGUGUAAGGGGGGGGGGGGUCAUACUAAAUGUGACAAUCCCUGUUAAAGGGAUACAAAAAAACCUGAAAUUUGGUGUGACGUAAUAUGUGGAUGAUCCCCUAUUCAAAACUAUACAAAUCAAACAAAUAUAGUAGUUUGUUCCAAGCCGAUUUCAAUGUUACUAUCAACGUCUAUCAAACUUGGAAAUUUAGUUACACGAAAAAUAUGGCGACGUAUAGCACCAUCUAUCGUCUGUCAAACUAAGUAAUUGCGAUUUUCUUAAACUUAUUUUAGUCUUUGAUCAAGAUUUAAAAUAAAAUACAUUUCAGUGUUCAGAGUAGUGACUCCAAACUAAACUUAGCUACCUAAGUAUAAUGUAGAUAAAAUAUAAGAAAGAUUUUAAACGUAUCAGUAACAAGCUUUCAUCAGUCCAUGUAAAAUAAAGGAGUGUUUCACUCGUUCUUGUCACAAAUGCUUUCAAAUUCGGUUAAUGUACAGGCUGCUCACACUAACAGUUUUAAUAAAUGUUUAAAAGUAAUGGUUUAUUUUUGUAAAACUUUGGAAGUAAGUAUUUUGAAAUACCGUGUGUGGGCAGCCUUUUAAGGGUUUCAUAUCAAACAGUAAUACAUUCAAUAGUUCAAUUCUCUCUUAAUAGGAAAUUAGAUAAUUCCGUACAGUAAGGAUUAUAAACCGGUUUUGUCUGCUCAAACGCAGUUUUGUCUAUGGUUUGUUAAGGACUUUAGUGAGUGUGCAAGAAAUCGCAUACGAUUUUUGCAGAUCGAUUUGUUGCAAAGCCAGUAAAAGCCUUAAAUUGUGGAUUAAACUGCUUUGUUUUAUUAAAUCCGGUUGUUAAGAUAUAACCGGUUUUUCCCUACAUUAGCCGUUGAUGUUCAUUGUAAUCAAAUUGUUGUAUAUUUCAUAAAUUUAUGACGAGAUUUAAACAUAAGAGUUCCGGUUUGGGGACGGCCGUUCUUUGACCUGUAUUUAAGCUAAAAUAAUUUGUGUAUUUCCGUUUUUGACAUAAUAAUGUGAUUUCGGUGUAAGUUGAAGGUUUUCCCGCAAUGUCAUUGGUUUUCUACCAGGGUCCGAUUUUGCAAACUAAUCACAUCGGACUUUGAUAAACAUUUUGUUAGGUAAAUUAAAACGGUCACUCGGAUCAGUCACAUGGUAGCUCUACAUGUUGCUAUAGGCUACGGUGCCUGCCUACUAGGUGGGCUGUGUGCUUGUUUGCCACCAACGUGGUGUGAGAUAAAGAAAUUUGUACUCCCAUUUUCGGCAUUAUUGUCAAAUGAGAGAAUUCAUAUUAAACUACAGUUUCGCUAAAGGUUCGUCCACACUUUCCACUGAUGUUAUAUCCAAAAGUGUUCCAAAAUCGAUGAAAUCCGUUUUAAUAUAUUUAAUAUUUUGUCAGCUUGUAAGCGGUUACAUGAGUAAUCAGUAGAACUUUGAGUUUGCUAGAUAUCUAUUUAAAUAAGUUCGCAAAGUGUAUGAUUGUAGGUACAGUCUGGAAUACCAGGGGCCCGUUUCUCGAAAGGUACAAGCCUUGUAUUACAAGUGUGUUUCCAUGACAACCCAUACGAUUUGACAGUUCGCGCACUUGUAAUACAAGGCUUGUACCUUUCGAGAAACGGGCCCCAGGGAUCCGGGAUGUUUCACCACAGUGACAUUGACGCUUGAGCUUAUUGACACUGUCAAUUCUGUGCCUAUUUCUGGGUAACUGAUAAGUAACAUUGUUGGACUUUAGAUUGACCCAUGGAACAUGGCGGAUCGUCCUCCGAUAUAUUUUUUUAUUUUUUGCAUUCUGCUGUUUAAUAUGAUAAUAGGUUUAUAAGUUUGAUAGGAUAUUAUGCAGUGAAUAGCCUGCGCAAAGAGUGCAUUUAAUGAAGAAUUCUUUUGGAGAUACGAAUAACCAAUUCUACGGACAUCACUCGGCAGUUCGUGGUCCCGGCCGCCAUCAUGCUUUGUACUGCUGCUCCAGCUAUCCUCCAGUGCAUCGCGAAGGCCUUGUUCGCAAAAAAACUGCUUAUACUAUUUUAUAUAUCUCUGUAAUUUACUUGACAUUGGCAAAGUGCCCUGGUAGCAGAAAGCCAUUAUUAUACGAAUAAAUAAAAAGUAACAUUGUUACUCAGCUUCAAUAUUUGUUUAACGGGCAAAAGAAGUGUCACUGUUGUGAAAUAGGCCACAGGGAUCAGAUUCAGUAACAUUUAGUAAACUUUUUGUUGAAUUGUUUAUUUUAUUUUAUAGAUAUUUUCGUGCAUGAUUCUAAAGUACAAGAGUACAAUUACACGACGCUAAUGUUUACUUGUUACGAUAAAAUGAACUAUAGUUAUAAUGAUUGUGUUUUAAUAAUAAAAACGUAGUGGAAA